AUUACUGUUUGUGUUAUUACGUGUAUUUUCAAAAUUGUUUUAUUUAUUAUAACAGAUGAGAAAUGGGAGCUUGGAGUUGUUUACUUCUUAGCGGUAUUGAAGGAAGCAAAGGGUUCCUGCAUCAAUUGUAUGCAGCAUCAGGAAAUUUCUGGCAGAACCUAUGGGAUAGUGUGUAUAAAUUGUUUGGGAGGAAUGAUUUUGCAGUUGGAGUUAUAGGAUCAAUUUUAUUUACUAAUUGUGUAAUAUGGGGUGCUAAUGCUAUAUUUCUUGUACUAGACACAACUGGAAAACCAGGUUUUUUUAUGAAGUAUAAAGUUCAAAUGGACAAAAAUGUACCUGUUGAUAGAAAGAAGUUAAAGAAGGCUGUGAAACUUGUUCUAUUUAAUGGAUUUGUUGUUGCAUUUCCAAUGACAUUGUUAGGAAUUUACACGAUGAAAUUGCGUGGAUGUGCUUUUAGCGGUGACCUACCUACAUUUACCCGUGUGGUGGUAGAAUUAAUAAUGUUUAGUUUAGUUGAAGAAUUUGGAUUCUACUAUUCUCACAGGCUGAUGUACCAUCCGAACGUUUAUAAGUACAUCCAUAAGAUACACCAUGAAUGGACAGCUCCUAUAGGCAUUAUAUGUAUAUAUGCUCAUCCGUUAGAGCACUGUAUCGUCAAUAUGAUGCCUGUCAUUCUAGGACCAAUAAUAAUGGGAUCACACUUAGCUACAGCAUGGGUGUGGUAUUUUAUUACACUUAUGUCCACAACUAUAUCCCAUUGUGGUUAUCAUUUCCCUUUCCUGCCAUCACAAGAAGCACACGAUUUUCACCAUCAAAUGUUUAUGAACUGUUUUGGUGUCCUCGGUAUUCUUGAUCGUCUCCAUGGAACAGACAACAUUUUCAGGGCCAACAAAGCAUACAAAAGAGACAAGAUAUUACUUAGUCUGACACCAAUGUCUCAACAAUAUCCAGAUUAAUACACGUAACUGUAUCCGGAGACAACAUCUAAUUCCACAUAUCAUUGUGUGGUUACAACUAGUGCGAACUUGAUUGUGUCUAUGUACUCAUUGUUUCGAUUAUUUAUAAUUAACCAGUUUUAUAUAAUCACAGAUGUUGUAAGAUAUAUUAACAUUGGAUUAGCCUUUUAUUUGUAUACAAGCUGUUCUUUUAAUUUCCGGUACACCGGGACAUUUUUUUUCGGUAGCGUUGGUACGCAAAAACUGAACUAUCGCGAAUAUUAAACUGGAAACGGUGUUUGUUUUACUUAUAUCGGAGUAUAAUAAUGAACAAAACUAACGUUUUCAUUAUGUUCAAAUGGUGUUUUUUUGAUUUUCAGACAAAUAGGUCAUGAUUAUUUGAUUAUCUAGGACUGUAAAAUUGCUUAGUUGAUUAUCUUGUUCAAAAUGCUCGAUAGACACAAUGUAGGUUACAAUUUCGUGAAAUAAAUCUGACGUGGUGAUAAGUUGCAAACAAUUCAAUGCUAAACAAACUAUGAGCUUUAGAUGAUAUAAACACGUUGUAUAUGUACGCGCAAUCAUUAGAAGAAAUAUGAUUUUGAAUUUUUCAUGUAUUGGUUACUUUAAACGGAAGCAGUUUAAACACACGCUUGCAUGUUUAGCUCAUGAUUGAAAACACUAGAAAGCAACUUUACAUUUUUGUAAACAAUUUCGUCGGCUAAAAUGAACGAUUUUUUUUUAUAUCAAUGACGGCUUUCUAUAUCUGGAUGACGACAAACUGUGAUUCACGUGGAUUUAAACAAAGCAAAUAAAAGUACAGAACAUUAUGGUUAUGUUUCAAACAAAUUGUGGUUUUUCCUCUACCUCUUCUUUGAUCUCAUUAACUACAUCUUUUAUGAUAGCUCCCUGGUUUUUGAUUUUCUUUGAUGUAAUUUUCUGUAUCUUUAAUAACAGCUAGAUAGAUCUUCUUCAAGGCGAUAAUUCAAUAACUAUUCAACUAAUUUCUAUUCAGUAUUUAUUAUACCAAAAGAGACAACAGACAUUACAUAUCGGGCUUAUGUUUUGGCGG